UUUUAUUAAUUUGUAUUUUUAUUUUGCUACACAUCACAGAGAACAAGUUCAGCAUGCAAGUAUACAGCGCACUAGCUGAAAAAAUAUAUCCUUCAAAGCUGCCUAUCAUUUUUGCAAUUACACCAACCUAUGCAAGACUUGUGCAAAAAGCAGAUCUCACCAGUGUUGCGAAUACGUUUCGCCAAGUGCCAGCUUUACACUGGAUUGUGGUGGAAGAUUCUUUCAACAAGACUAAGCUGGUCAGUGAUUUCUUAAGAAUAUCUGGGAUUGAGUACACUCAUCUUUGUGCUAAAACCCCAAAGGAAGUGACAAGAUCGAGAGGUGCUUUACAGCGAAACAAGGCCCUUACCUGGUUGCGUUACAUGUUCAACUCAGGCGAAGCUCCACCAGCGGUUGUAUAUUUUGCUGAUGAUGAUAAUACUUACACCUUAGAGCUUUUUGAAGAGAUGAGAUACACUAAAAAAGUGUCUGUGUGGCCUGUUGGUCUUGCUGGUGGCCUGCGUUAUGAAUCAGUGAAGGUGAAUGCAGAUGGGAAGGUUGUGGGCUGGAAGGUGAAGUAUGCAGCUUCACGACUUUUUGCUAUAGACAUGGCUGGCUUUGCCGUUAGUUUGAAUCUGAUUCUAGAGAAUCCCAGGGCUAUGUUCCAAGUAAAUGCUAGAGGUGGACAUCUGGAGCCAAGUUUUCUAAUGGAUCUUGUGAAGAUGAAAGAUCUAGAACCCAAAGCUGACAACUGUACCAAGAUCCUGUGGGUCUUCAAGAUCCAGACAGACAAGCAAGUACUGGCCAAC